AUGGAUCUGCUAACUAAAGUGGAGUCUCAAGGUUAUUCUUGCCUUAGUCAAGCCAGUGUUGUUGGUUCAAGCAGUGUACCAAUUCAAGUGACUGAGACCUUCAAUCAUGAUUACUGGGUUGAUACAGUGAACAAUAGUGAUGUAGUGAACAACAGUGAUGCAGUGAACAACAAUGAUGCAGUGUUCAACAGUGAUGAAGAUGAGGAGAAUGUGGUGCUAGAGAACACAAAUGUAGAUGACUGUCACCCCAUUGAAGACCCAGAUGCUCCACCAAUUUUUGACAGUGAUGAAGAGAAUGAUAUUGAAUAUGAAGACAUUGUCAAGACAUAUGAAGUUGGAGAUGAAAGCACCGAUUCAAGCAAUAGUGAAGAAGAAGAAGACAAUGAAGAAGUUUCUAAUGAUUGUGGGAGUAAGGAUAAAGAAGAUGGUCCUGAAGUAAUUGAUGAUAUAGAUGCCAUACCAGAGUUUAAUUAUCAUAAAUGGAAACAAGACUUUAGUAUGCCCAAUGAUGAAGAAGAAGAACCUUUAUUCCUUGAAGAAGAAGAGGUUUCUCUUGUUGAUCCUACUAAGAUUGUGGUAAAGUAUGCUUUUAAUGACAAGAAGGCAUUUAAGAAACAUCUUAGAGGUUACUGUGUAAAACAAAAUUGUCAAUACAAGACAUAUAAGAGUGACAAAAAAAGACUAAGAGUCAGAUGUAGGUUCAGGGAAGAGUAUGGUUGUAACUGGUUUGUGAAUGCUAGCGUAAAAAGGCAUGAGUAUACUUUUAUUGUUAGGAAGGUAAAUCUAGAACAUAUUUGUGUUGGUAAUCCAAAGAGUUUUAACAUAUCUGCAGAUCCUGAGUUUGUGAAAGAGGCAAGAAAUCUUCUUUUAGAAGAUUUGUUUGGUAAUUAUGAAGAUAGCUACAAUGAUGUACCCAUCUUUUGUGCAAUGGUGGCUCAUACUAAUCCAGGGUCUGUUGCUAAAUACACUUAUAGGAAAAAAGAUAAGGCAUUCAUGAUCAUGAUUAUUUCAUUUGCUGCACCAAUGAGAGGAUGGCAGAAAUAUGGAAGACCAGUCAUAGGGUUAGAUGCAUGUCAUCUAACUGCAAAGCGUGGUGGUGUUCUAAUGGCUGCAACAUCACUUGAUGGUCAGAACAAUCUUGUUCCUUUAGGCAUUAAGGCCUGUCAGAGUGAAACUAAGGAGAACUGGACUAGCUUCCUCAAGGACUUGGCUCCAAUGAUCAAUGCACAUCAUGCUGGCAGAAUUACUUUUAUUUCUGAUAGGCAGAAAGGCCUGUUGGAAGCUGUUCCUAAGGUUUUCCCUGGUACAAGAGUUAGGUAUUGUUUCAGGCACUUAUACAAGAACUUCAAGAAGUACUACAAGGCACCCACCUUGCACAUUUCAUUGUGGAAUGCAUGCAAAGCUUACAAAGUAAAGCAUUUUCAGGAGCACUUUGACAGCAUAUGCAAAGAAAAUGCUGAUGCUGGUGAAUGUCUUAGGAAAGAAGAUCCAAGUACUUGGUCUAGGGUCUAUUUUGAUCCCAUUAGCUGUUGUGAGCAUAUGAAUAAUAAUUUUUCUGAAUCUUUUAAUUCCAUGGCUUCUAAUAUGAGAGAUAAACCUAUAAUUCAACUAGGCAUGAUGUAUGGUCAGUUAGUAAUGGGUUUGUUCUUUAAGAGAAGGGAAGGAUCUGCUAAGUGGGAUGAAAAUGGAUUGGUCCCUGCUGCUGUUAAAUUAAUAAAUAAAAUGCUUGACUUGGUUGGUAAGUUCGAUGCAGAAGGCAGUGUCGUUGGACAAAUUUAUUUGGUAACUAAUGUGAUCACCAAGAAAAUCUUCACAGUGAAUAUUGUAGACAAGCAAUGCACUUGUUUGCAAUGGCAGCUAAGGGGAUUCCCUUGUCAACAUGAUGUAUGUGCAUUGAAGCUGCUAAGGCCCAACUGGAAAGAGACCACAUAUGUAGAUGAUGUCAAACCAUUAGAAGACAUAACUGAGUGGGUGUGGGAAGAUCAGCCAACCAUGGACGUCAACAUAAAGCCUCCUCCUUAUCAGAGAAAAACUGGAAGACCAGCAAAGAAGAGGAAGAGAAGUUAUGAUGAACCUGAAACUGUGGUGAAGAAAAGAAAGCGUGGAAAAUGUGGAUCUACUGCUGGUCACAACAAGAGAACCUGUGCUGGUGGUGAUGUUGGUAAAAACCAAACUGGAUUCAAGCCAAGCACUGAGUAUGAUGCUGCAAACUGCACCUUCACUAGUAGAGAUCAGCCUGAAAGUAGCACUGCAAGGGGUAAAGCAAAGGCAAACACAUCUAGAGGUACAUCAUCAUUUGUUGGUGACUCAUCUGCAGGACCUAGCACUCAUGGAAGACCACCAGCAGGACCUGGCACUAAUCAAGAUAACCAAAAUUUCAGUCAGAACUUUGCUGGUAUUGGAUCUGUGAGUCAACAUCUUGCAGUCACAAAGGGAAAGCAGACAAAGUCUAAGAAGACUAUGAAGACUAGGAAGUAG